AUGACGACCGACCUCCAUCCCGCCGCCGAAACCCUCAUCACCACAGCGUCCGAAUUCCUCGCCGAAGUCGCAGACCUGUCUGUACCCCUCCCCACCCCGACCCUUCUCACACCUUCCCCCCUUACCAACCAAACUAACACCCCCAGAACCCCCGGAACAUCGCUAGAAACGCACCUAAACGCCUCCUACGGCCCCGGGAACCGGUACUACGAACGCUUCAAAUCCCUAAUCCUACACGCUCUCCAGGAAAACGAACCCUGGCUCGCGAGCGACGCCCUCGACGGGCCCAAAUACCGACGCAGCAGACUGCUCGCCCCCUCCGAGCGCACGCGCUACUUUUCCAUUACGACGGUGUACAUGGAGUCCAUUCCCGAAUACAGAGGGCAGUACCAUCUGCAUCCGUACGGGGAGAUCAACUGUGUGAUUCCCGUCACUGAGGGCGCCGAACUCAAGGGGAUGAAUGGGUGGCAGGGGGCGGGGUGGACUUCGCCUGCUGCAGGGACGCAUCAUUAUCCAGAGGUUAGAGGGGGAGCGCUGGUUGCGUUGUUCUUUCUGCCUGCGGGGCGGAUUUCAUAUGCGGCCAGUCCGGAGAUGGAGCAGCCGGUUUGUGUAUGA